AUGUGUUCGUUGGACGGUUUGACCGGACGAUGUCGCACCGGCGGACGCGGUGUUUGCCAAGGUACGGGUGCUUUCGACGCAGCGGGUGCCGGGUGCGCCCGCUGCGUCGAGACAAGCCAGGUACCUGGUAGUUGCGACUGGAGUGGCACGCUUGCCAGCAGGCGGUUUCGAGAAAUGAUGACAACCAAACCAAUUGUUUGCUCACUCUCAGCUGAGGUUCCCAUGCUGAGGCUCGUUUCCUAUACACCUCUGACAGGCUGA